CUUGAAUAUACGGUUUUAAUCAGAAUAAAAAAAGUUCAUUUCGUAAACGGGUACACGAUUACAGUAACGUGCAUUGUUUGUACAUCAUCGUAUACAGAGUCUUUCAAAUUUUAUUUUACGGUGAGUUUGAUAAUUUAAAACUUAUUUUUUCAUUGCUCAUAUUUUUUAUCACCCCUAAUGUUAUUUUCGGUUGCAAAACCACUACCAAUUUUUGAUUUGCUACGAGUAUAUUAAAAAUUCACAAAUUAAAAUACAAAUAAUAUUUUAGAUCAAAUACAUUUGAAUUUCUAUAAACCGUCUUUGGCGAGAUAUUCCACUUUUAAUUUCGCAAUUUUCUGGACAAAGUGUAGAGAGAGUGGAGUAUUAUAUAGAUGCCACUACUACUAUAGUAAUAUAAUCUCUCUCAGUCUGUAAAAUUACUGAACUUAAAAGUGAUAUAUCUCGUCAUAUGGAAAAUUUCAAAUCCAAAGUCUAUUGAAACAAUUAAGCUGAAAAUACUUCAUUUACUUAUCGAAAUGUUGUAUACUGGUUGUUACUUUAUUUACCAAAAAUAAAAAACCAAGUAUAAGGACAACGAAUACUUUGAGAACACUUAUAUACCACGUGAGUGAGUAUAAUUUCGAUUUAUUUCAUUCAUCGCUUUUUGAACUAACAACGAUAUUUUGUGAUUAUUUAUUUAUAUAUUUUCUGUACCUGGUCAAUUAUUAACUUUAAUUUUAAUUUUUAGUUUAUUUUUAUGUGAAUUCUAUAAUAUAUUUUUCCCCGAUAAAAAUAUUAUUAUUAUAAAUGAUUCUGAAGAGUUACGAUCAGUUCUUUAAAAAAAAUAAUUAUUUCUUGGUGAAAUCGAUUGUAACGUAAAAUUUGGAAGACCCUGUAUACCGUCGUCGGUGUUGCAGAGUUCAGUGACAGCGGUAACAGCAGCUGCAGCGGCAGUAAUGAUAUUUUAUUAACACCGGAAACAAACCGAGAUAAAACUAUACAACAUAUACGGUUAUACCGGUCAGCGAGGCGAUGAUGAUUAUUAUUACUAUAAUAAUAAUUGUGUUUAGUGUUUUUUUAAACGAGAUUAAAAAUUAAAUUAAAAAAUAAAAUCACCGAAACGCGGUCGCGAGACGGGACGUGCGUGCGCACCGUGCACCGCCGGCAACCCGUACCAGGCCCAAGAGGAGACGACCGACGGCGGCGUCUAUUUCCAGCGCGCAUGUGUUCCGCAUAUUGUCGUUAUAUUAGAUAUUGCUCUUUAUAUUUGUUGUUAUUUUGACAGUACGGGUAGUUGUUUUUGCCGUUAUCUGUUGUUACCGUUACCUACAACGCGCCCGUCAACCAUACCGCACAGAUCGCUGCACAAAAGAGACACGUCUUCAUCGCUGAGACAGCAGUCCAUAAUAACAUGGACGCCACUCCGUUGAUCUUACCGCUAUUAUUGAUAACAGCCAUAAGUAAGUACACCUACUAGUAUAAAAUUAUUAUAAAUCAAUUUUUAGUUCACAGAAAAAAGAUAAUUUUUGGUCUUCUUCCUUGGGACUUCAAAAGUCCAAAGCUAUAAUCUAAUUAAAGCUGGAGAGCAAGUUACUCAAUUUUAAUUACUAAAGUUAAAAUAGUUACUAUUAUGAACAUACAUGUACAAAAAAAACCAAAGUUUGGAAAAUCCCUUUUAAAAAAUUAAUGCAUUCCUAUUCAUAAAUUUUUUUUAUUUUUAUAGUGAAUGCAUUUUACUUUAUAUUUAUCAAUAUUUGAGGAUCAAUUGAAAUUUUAGGUUCUUCAUAAUAAAAUUAGUUUGUAUAAAUAUUGUAAAUAAAAUAAAAAAAAAAUAGACAUACCUCGCACAAUGGAUGCAGCCACUAUUAUUGGUGAGAAGUUGAACAGAUAGGAUACAUAAAGUAAUUAAAUUUAUACAUGUAACCAACGAUAAACCAUUGCUAACGAAAAACGAUUAUUAACGAAGUUCGGUUAUAAAUGUUUUGAAAGGCCGUAAUGUUAACGAUUUUCGUAAUUUCGAAAUUUAAUUUUAAAAUUCUUAUAAAAAAAAAAAAAAAAAAAAUACUACAUUAAACUCAAUUUAUUUUAUUUUAUUAUUUUUUUUUUUUAACCACUGAACGACUUAUAAUGGACCUUCUAUUCAAUGUUUAAGCAUUUCUGUUUAGUCUAACAAUUUUAUUCAGAGUACCUACUACAUAAAAAUUAAAUAAAAAACUUGCUAAUUUAAAUGUCUAUAAAUAGCUCAAAAAUGGUUCAAAUGUUUUAAAAAUUCAAUUGUAAGAUUUCUGUAAAAAAUUUUAAUCUCUAUGAAUAUUUUUAACUAAAUUGCAAUAAAAAAAAACAAAAUAAAACCAGUAUUUUCGAAAAUUUUCUCGUUAUUUCUGCGUUUUUUUUUAGGUUUUGCUCAAUUAUUAAAAAAACACAGAAAAUCAAAAAACAAUUUUCUUUUUGAGUAUUUACACACAAAAUUUAGCAGAAAAGAUUACUUGAAAUUUUUCGAUUAAAGCAUUAUUUCUGAUAGAAAACAAUGUUCGUAAAAAUUAAGAACAAUGAAAUCGAUAACGCCGUGGCGUACCGUUAAUAUUUGCUAUUUUUCCAAUAAUUUUUUUUUCUAAUUUUUCGUAAUUAUUAUGAAAACCCCUUGAAAAAUCAAAAAAUGACCUGUUAAAUACAUCAACUAAAUAAAAUUUCCUUUUAGAAAAAGUGCUACACUUAAUACAUUGGAGCAAGAUUUCUGGUAAAAAAGUUGCUCACAGACAAAAAGAAAUCACAUAACACAUAGUAAAAUCAAUAAAACUAAUUGUAUAGACAUUUUUUUCCUAUAAAUUGGAAACAAAAAUAUCAUAUAAUUAUAAAUGAAUACUAUAAAACUAAAAAAAAUAUUAUUCAUAUAUUAUAUAUUUCAAGAUAUAUUUUUUGAAAUUCUAUAAUUUGUAUUCGCAUUCUGGCAUAAAAUAAAUGAAUUGCAUUCAUAAACACAUUCCUAUAAAUGCAAUACGGUCGAAUUUAUACUAUUUUUGUAGUAUUGCCACGUCCAACGUGCAAUAUUAAUCUAUAGAGAUUAAUUCCCACGUCACUCUAAGUUGUAUUCUAAUUUAUUUUUGAUUUUGAGUCAGUUAGUCAGUGCCAAAAACUGAUUUUUGUACACUCGUAUUUCAAAAACUAUUCUAUCUAGACCCACAAUAUUCGGAAUGCUGCUUCUUUUUAAUAAUCUUAACACGACUGAAAAAUACAAUCCUUUAACAUAACUAGCCUUGGAGAUAGAAGGGGGAUCGGAAUGAGCUUUAAAUGGCUCUGUGUAAACUCAGAAAUGGCACAUAUAUCAUAAUAAAUACAUAGCCUCUGUUUUUUCCGUCCCUUCUCUCACUCUUGGAUGUUGAAGUUAGAUCACCCUAAUCAUAAAUUUUCAUACAUAACUACGGCAGUAUUGUUUUAAAACAUCACAAAUUAAUUUGGAGUGUCUAUUACAAUUUAUCAUAAUUAAUAUCGUUUAAGUAGUUAUCUACAAAUUUGUCAUAAGUCAUCGUAUUUUCUUCUUAUUUAUACUUGGACUAAGUAUAUGAUAAUUGGUUUUUUUUUAUUGAUGUAUAGGUAAACACAUUUAUUAUAUGAAAUAGAAAUGGAACAUGCGGUAAUUUAACAAGUUUAUAUUUUUAAAUUUCAGUUAUACCAGUGCUCGAAGGUUGCGAUCAAACUAGACAAGGCUGUCGAAUACAAGAAGGUUCGUGUCUUUGUGGUAUAGGUUGCUAUUCCGAGUAUAGAUACAGUAAUUACGAAGAAUGUCGUAAAGCGUUAAAAGGUAAAACAAAAAAAAACAAAAAAUGACUGUUACACUUAAAUUUAAACAUUAUAUUUUUCUUAAAAUUAACUGAUUUGUAACAAAAAAAAUAUAUAUGUAUAUAUCCCUAGGCCGACGAUACGAUUUUUGUGCACAGGGUCCGUGUUAUCAUAACGGCGUGUGCGUUCAAACUUUUCAAGAACCCGGAUAUAAAUGCAGAUGUUCGGGUACGGGAUAUUAUGGUUCUAGAUGUGAAAUAGGUAAGGUAUUGCAUUAUCAGUGUCGUUAGGGUAGUAGGUAUCUAACUCAAAAAACCAUGUUUCGAGACUAACGAGUUUAAAGAUUUCAGUAUUUCACUCAUUAUAAAUAGGUACUAAAAACAAAAACUUAGGUACUUGUAAAACAAAAAAUAUUUUAUCUAUUACAUUUUUUUAUACUUACUUAUAGAUAUGAAUAACUCAUUUUUUUUGAGAGACAACAAUGACCAAAUAAUAAAUAUAUACACAGAGGGAUAACUUAAUAUAUUACCUAUUGGCUACUAUAUGAAGAUUUAAUUUGAGGUGAAUUUUCCCCUAAUAUAUAUUAUAUUUGCGCCAAUAUAUAUGGAGUGUACAUGUAUUCACAAAAAAUAUAACCAUGUCACCAUGGACAUCAAUAUAAUAAUAGAAUAAAUUAAAUAAAAAUAGACACUCUCUACAAAUUUACAUGGAUUCUUAUGAGAAUUCGGUAAUUUGAAGUAUAGUGCAAUCAAUGUUAACAAAAAGUACAAUAAAAAAAAUACUGUAUAUAAUUAUUAUCACAAAUAAAUCUCAAAAAAAAAAAAACUGUAGCUAAAAGUGGCCGUGUGCAACAUAAAUCAUGAAUUAUGUUUGCAGGUUUGUGGCCUAAAACUAACCAAUACCCGGCCCAAUAAAGGUUGAUGACAAGGGGUGAGGCAAAUGCCUUCCCUGCCCCUCUCCAAAUGACGUCACUGCUCAAAGUUUCGUGUUUUAGUUAUCUACUACAUUAACGUUUUGAUAGUGUGAUAUAUUACUUAUUUAUUCGAGUAAAUACACAAGAACAAUCAUUUUUUAUUAGAGUAUAGGUUCAUGGACUAAGUGUACAAGGUGUGUUGCAAUACACGCCACUAGAUCUCAUGGACUUCAGAGAGUAAAAUUUCAAAAUAUUGUCUUUUUUAAAUACUCACAAAAAAUGUUUUUGAUUUCAAAGUUUUAAAUUUAAUUUAUUACAGACAAAAUAAUAAGUGGUGUAUAAAUAUUUGGCUUAGCAACAAUGAUUAUAAUAAGCCUAACAGUAUUUUAAAACCUUUGUAACUCUCUUGAAGUUCCGACCGGGAAUUCCCGAGAGCCUACAUACAGAAUCUAAAUCCUAGAACGAUUCAAAGGAUUGUUGAACAAAACCUUCAGGAGUACAAAAACCCUGAAAUAUGAGAAAAUAAUGCAUAAACUUAUUUGAUAGUUUUAUGGGAAUCGAACUCUGACCUACCUAAUUCCUACCUACUCGAAACACUACCUAUGUCCUAUUCCUUAAUUUUCUGUAUUGGACUCCCAGUUGAAAAUUAAAUAGUAAGUGAAUUUAAUAUUGUUAGGGAAAAUACUCAUUAAUGUACAAAAUAUUUCAUUUAAGUUUAAAUAUCAAAAAAGUAGCUACCUAAUUACUUACUAAGUAUUAACCGUAGUAAAUACUGAAUAAUAAUACAACAGUCAAGUAACUAACAAAUACAAUUUUUAAUUUAACGGGCUUCAUAAUGCAUAAUUGAGCCACUGAUGCCAGGGCAGUGUUUUUAAACAUAAAAAUUCUGAUAAAAAUCUUAUGUUGAAAAAUCAUUUAAUGGGAGAUUUCACCUAUACAAUUAUGUAUAGAUUAUACCUAUACGAUUAAGCGUAAACCAUGAUUUUGAUAACAAUUAAAUAACAUAAUUUAAUCUAGAGAACAACGUACCUAUAUUUAGUUAAUUAAUAAUAAUUUUAAAAAACUUUUCUCUUUGUUAUAAAUACUCUGUAUAGAGUAAUCUACUAAAUGAUGACCAAGCAGAUACCUCUAAUCAUUAACCAUAUACUCUAUACCUAGAAAUUAGAUUUGUAAUUUAUGUUAUUUAUUCAUCUUUAGUCUUACCUACUUAGUUCACAGUUUUAACUAUAUAAUUAUGAGCCUAUUACUAAAAUGUAAGUAUUCCAUACUCUCAUAGAUUGUUUAAUUAUUAGGUUGGUACCUAUAAAAUAUAUUUUAAUUAAGUUCUAUAAUAUUUAGUUUUUCUGUUCAGACAAAAAAUAAAUAAAUCAUAAUUUAAAUCUUAUACCAUUGGACUAUUUGAACUGUCCUUUAAUUAAAUAAAAUUUGUCUUUAAUAUAUUUGUAUAUUACACUCAUGCAUAUUUAUACAAUUUCAGAUUGUUAUGGGCAACAAAAUACAACUGCAAAGCAAGAAAUCCCGUUUGAAUGUAUAGUUAUUUAAGUGCAUCUAGAUUAAAUUUAUUUGAUUAAUUUUUUUUAAUAUAUUAUUGUUAUAGGCGAAAUAGGUACCUAAAUAUUUCACUGAACAAUUAAAAUGUUCGUAUACAAAAUAAUGUAUCUAUUAAAUUGCCUCAUUAUAUUAUGCUAAAAAUUAAAACCAAUUAUUGAAUAACAUUUUUGUAGAUUUAAUAUCAUUCGUCUAAUAACAACCUUGAUAAACUCUUAUAACUUUAUACAAAACUGUCAAUUUUCUCAUUAUUAAAUUUUUAUUUUU